AUGGCGUCCGCCGAAACCCUAACCCGCUCCCGCUCCCCCUCGCGCGAGCCCUCCACCGAUCCGCCCCGCGCGGCCUCUUCCGAGCCCCACCACAACGGCGACGGCUCUGGCGCGGGCGCCGGAGACUCGUCCCGCCGCCGCCGCCGCAGCCGCUGGGAGCAGUCCAACGACGACUCCGCCGCCAACAACUACGGCGGCGAGGGCGGGACCGGGGGCCGGAAGCGCAAGACGCGGUGGGCCGAGGAGGAGCCGCGCCCGGCAUUCGCGCUCCCGGACUUCAUGAAGGACUUCGCCGCCGAGAUGGACCCCGAGCCGGGGGGCCUCCCGCUCGAUGACCGCCCCGAGGGCGCACGCUCGCCCUCCCCCGAGCCCAUCUACGACAACCUCGGCAUCCGCAUCAACACCCGCGAAUACCGCGCCAGGGAGCGCCUCAACCGCGAGAGGCAGGAGAUCAUCUCGCAGCUCAUCCGCCGCAACCCCACCUUCAAGCCCCCCUCCGACUACCGCCCACCCAAGCUCCAGAAGAAGCUCUACAUCCCCAUGAAGGAGUACCCCGGCUACAACUUUAUCGGCCUCAUCAUUGGCCCUCGUGGCAACACGCAGAAGCGCAUGGAGAAGGAGACUGGUGCCAAGAUUGUCAUCAGGGGGAAGGGCAGUGUCAAGGAAGGGAAGCUGCUGCAGAAGAGGGACCUCAAGCCGGAUCCCAGCGAGAACGAAGACCUCCACGUGCUUGUUGAGGCAGACACGCAGGAGGCACUGGACGCGGCUGCUGGUAUGGUGGAGAAGCUGCUCACCCUGGUGGAUGAGGUGCUCAAUGAGCACAAGCGGCAGCAGCUCCGGGAGCUUGCCACGCUUAAUGGGACAAUUAGGGACGACGAGUUUUGUAGGACAUGUGGUGAGGCUGGUCACAGGCAGUAUGCUUGCCCCAACAAGAUGAACACGUUUAAGAGUGAUGUGCAGUGCAAGAUCUGCGGGGAUGGUGGGCACCCGACUAUUGAUUGUCCGGUCAAGGGCACUUCUGGGAAGAUGAUGGACGAUGAAUACCAGAACUUCCUGGCUGAGCUUGGUGGUGGGAGUGCACCUGAGUCCAUGAACAAAUCUGGUGGUCCAAUGUUGGCUCUUACAGGAAGUGGUGGUAGCAGUGGUCCUUCUGCUGGAACUCCGCCUUGGUCAGCCGGUGGCGGUGCCGCUGCCACUGGGCUCAAUGUCAGUCUGUUUUCGCAAUUUGGGGAUAUUGCCAUGGCUAAGGUGAUCAAGGAUCGAAACACUGGACAGAGCAAAGGAUAUGGAUUUAUCAAGUAUUCAGAUGUGUCACAGGCCAAUGCAGUGAUUGCUGCAAUGAAUGGUCACCAUGUUGAAGGGAGAGUUAUUGCGGUUAGAGUUGCGGGAAAGCCGCCACAGCCGGCACCUGCAGUAUCAGCACCCCCAUCGUAUCCUCCUCCUACGGAUCCUACUUCAGGUGGCUAUUCCUCCCAGUCCUACAUGGGGGCACCACCGCCACCUCCUCCAGGGAGUUACGCUCCAGUUCCUUGGGGGCAGCCACCACCUUAUGCUUCAUAUCCUCCGCCACCACCAGGCUCUAGCGUCUACAAUCCUGCACCUCCUGCACCAGGUCAAGCUGCCCCACCUCCAUACGGGAUGCAGUAUCCACCACCACCACCACCCCCAGCAGCUCCGAUCCCUCCACCAGGCACUGCUGCAUCAAGUGAUGGAGCUCAGAACUACCCCCCUGGUGUAACACCACCAAGUUCUGGCGCACCCACUCACCCUGUUGCAACAUCAGUAUAUGCAUCAUCUGGCGCACCAAAUGCACCAUCGAUGUACCCUCCACCACCUUAUAGUUACUCCCCAUACUAUCCUCCACCAUUUCAGCCACCACCUCCACCACCACUGGCUAGUGUUGAUCCCUCUCAGAGUAUUGCAACUGCACCUUGGGCUACCCACAGUGCAGUGCCGCCGCCACCACCACCUUUGUCCUCCACAACCGACCAGCCUACGGCUUCCUAUGGUGCCGAUCCAGAGUAUGGCAAGUUUAUGUCAGAGAUGAAGUGA